AUGGCGUCCCUUGCAGCAGCGCUUCGUCGCACAGCAUGCCCGCCCACCAACCGCCACCUUUUCCACAGAGCAGCUCUGCUAGCCCCAUCACAUGUCUUCCCCUCCAUCCCCUCCGUUAGCCACACCCUCAUCGCUCACCAGCCACAUGCGUCCUCUUCUGGGAAGGUUUCAGAAUUCCACACAACAACGCAUAAUGCGUCGUCGCAUGCUCCCAUGUCGUUUUCGGACUUGUCUACCCGGAAGAAGGUUACCAUAAAUACUAUACGUAAGAUGUAUGAGAAGGGGGAGAAAAUAACUAUGCUUACUGCACAUGAUUUUCCGAGCGGGUUAUUGGCAGAUCAGGCAGGGAUUGAUGUUGUACUCGUGGGGGACAGUUUGGCAAUGGUGGGGUUGGGGAUGGAGGAUACCAACCAAAUAACCUUAGACGAUAUGGUGCACCACUCUCGAGCAGUAGCUCGUGGUGUUCGCUCGGCUUUCUUGGUUACCGAUCUUCCCAUGGGCUCUUAUGAGCUCUCGCCCCAGCAGGCUCUCCAAUCUGCUAUCGCCCUCGUUCAGCGCGGUCGAGCCACUAGUGUCAAGAUAGAAGGUGGAAAAGAAGUCGCUCCAACAAUUAAAAAUAUAACCACGAUGGGAAUACCGGUCCUGGGGCAUAUUGGGCUUACCCCCCAACGGCAGGGUAGUCUAGGUGGCUUUGUGGUGCAAUCUAAAACAGCAGCUUCGGCUUCUAAGCUCUUAAGUGACGCUUUAGCUGUGCAAGAUGCCGGUGCGUGGGGUAUGGUGCUUGAAGCCGUCCCCGCUGAUAUGGCGAGGCUGGUUACUGAGGCUUUAGAUAUUCCCACGAUUGGGAUUGGGGCCGGUGAAGGAACGAGUGGGCAGGUUUUGGUGCAGAUUGAUAUGCUAGGUAACUUCCCGUCCGGACGAUUUCUUCCUAAGUUCGUCAAGAAAUAUACGGACGUGUUUGAAGUUAGUAGGAAGGCUAUCGGGGAGUAUCGAGAUGAGGUUAAGGCGGGCACAUACCCUGCUCAGGAGCAUACGUACCCAGUAAAGGAACAAGAAGUUGCGGAGUUCAAGCAAAUUAUCGAAAAACGGCAAGCUGAAAUUGCGGCGAGCAAAGUGAAGAGACGUAAUUUGGACUAG